AUGACUUCUUGCACUUCGCCGGUAGUGAAUUUCCAGGAGCAGUUUUCCAUAUCUGAUGUUGGUCGACUUUAUAAAAUUCCCAAGGAAGAGGUCGAGGCUUUGGGCUACAAGCGAAUGCUUCCACGUUUUCUUGCAAGGCAGUAUGAUACUCUUGAUGAAUUGGUGACAAUGAUAAGAGAGCCACUGGAUGAGAGUGCUAUCGCCCCUUUCGCGACUGGGAAGUCAGUCACCUUAAACCAAGCGGUUCAUCUCGCCUACACAAAAAAGAUGGUCGUCAUCCAACUGUGGAGUGCAAUGUUGCUAACGCGCGAUGUGAACGAAGUGGAGAUGUCCACGUUCAAACAAGGGCGUAUUAAUGAUCCUGCAAAUGCUGUCGCUAUUCUUCAGCAACAGAAACGCGACUAUGUAUGGACAAGAAAUGAGCGUACAGCAGUUGACAAGCCCAUAACAGACAUUGUUGAAAUUCUGUUUGUUGCUAUUGACGACACGAAUUCUCUCUGGGGUAGACUUUGGUCAAAAAAGCUGACAGGAGCUAUGUCUUUUCGCUCUGUGAUACCAUUUUUUAAGCAAAACGGAUGUAUUUUGUUGGUAGCUGACAAAAAAGAGGUGUCGGAUGCUCGGGAUCAUGUCACUGUUCCAAGACAUACUCCUUUGGAAUUGUUCGGAGAAGAAGGAUUCCAUUUCAUUGAGCCCUUUCUACCAAUCGAAACUAAACAAUACACGAAAGGAGAAGUCAGUAACAUGUAUCAGUAUUACUACGAUAAGAGGUGGCUUACAACCGAAAACGGUAUGUUCCGAAGCAAUUAA